UCCCAUGCAGAUGCCCCUGAGUCAUUGUGAACUAGAAACCCGUCUUUGUGACUGUAUUGACCACCCGGCGGAAUGCCACCCGCUCACGCUGUCUCGAAGCAAGGCACCAUUUAUAACAGUUGCUGAAACACUCAUACUGGGCAGACAUCCUCCAUAUCCCCUCGUACAAUCAUGACAACCAAUUCACGUAUCAUUUUCAACGAAAUGCCUCAUGGCCUGCCAAAUCCUAAAACAGCUUUGAUUGUCGACGAUACACAGUCUAUUGAUCUUGAUAAUGUACCACUUCAAGGAGGCAUUCUCGUCAAGGCGCUUGCCUUCAGCCUUGAUCCCUACAUGCGCAAUCGCAUGCGGCCCGUUGAGAUUCAAGGGGAUAUUGAUGCAUUCGCCCUCGGCGAAACAAUUACUGGUUUCAGCGUCGCUGUGGUCUUGCGAAGUGAGACGCCCUUGAUUCAAGCCGGCCAACAUGUGUAUGGAUUCAUGCACGCCAAUGCACUUGGGAUGAAGGGCCUGAGCCUACAAGUCCUUGACAACAAGUAUAACCUCCCAUGGCGAUAUUAUGUUGGAAUCCUUGGAAUGACAGGGCAGACAGCAUAUUAUGGACUCAAGGAUAUUAGCAACCCUAAACCUGGCGAGACGCUCUAUAUAUCGGCCGCGUGUGGCGCCGUGGGCCAUAUGGUGGUUCAGCUUGCCAAAGCCCAAGGAUUGAAAGUCAUUGCAUCCUGUGGUAGCGACCAGAAGGUCUCGUUGGUGAAGUCACUCGGGGCAGAUCAUGUCUUCAACUACAAAACCGCAAAUACCGCUGCAGAGCUUAGGAUGCAUGGCCCAAUCGACAUUUACUUUGACAAUGUCGGUGGUCCGACCCUCGAAGCUGCCAUAGACAAUGUAGCUUGCAACGCGAGGAUCGUUAUCUGCGGGAUGGUUAGUCAAUACAACCUAGGUACGGACAAGACAUAUGGUAUUCGAAACCUGUGGUUGUUGAACAGAUAUCGAGCGAAGAUGGAAGGUUUAGUCGUGAUCGACUGGGCAGAUAAGUAUCUGGAUGAGUUCCAUGACGUUGUCCCGCGAGACUUGGCUGCCGGCAAGUUGAAAUAUCUGGAACAUGUAUACAAUGGUAUGGAAAGGGUCGGUGAGGCACUGGUGGAUUUGCUGAUUGGCAAUAAUGUCGGCAAAUCUGUACUAGUUCUCGAAGAUGGUGUGUAGGAAAGUAGACGCCACGCUACGCGUGUGCAUCAUACUUCGAUUGAUCUGUAAAUCUCAGCUGGUUGAAUUUGGGUUGAAUGCUUCGCC